AUGUGCUCACUUCUCCUUGGACGGUGUACCACUAAGACCUAUUGUAAGUUAUGUGGGUUCCCUACUUACCAACUCUCGAAGCACCUGGUCAAAAUAAUAUCCCCCUUAGUAGGUAACUCUGAUCAACACCUCAAGAAUACCAAGGAAUGGGUAGAUCUAGCCAGUACUCUAACAUUAGCUAGUGACGAGGAACUUGUCUCAUUUGACGUUGUUUCAUUGUUCACCUCUAUACCAACUGAUAUAGCUGUCACUGCCGCUAAUGAUAGAUUACAACAGGAUCCAAGUCUCCAUGAUAGAACACGUUUGACCACGUCUGAUAUAACCUCACUAUUGUCUUUUGGUCUAAAUUCCACUGAAUUCAGCUAUAAUAACAAGUACUACAGGCAGAUACAUGGUACAGCUAUGGGGUCACCUAUAUCUGUAGCUGUCGCAAACCUUGUAAUGGAAGUGAUCGAAUCUAGAGCUCUCUCGACGUUUCUUGAACCACCUAGAAUCUUCAAACGUUAUGUCGAUGAUACAAUCUGUGUUAUCAAGAAGAGCAAUAUCGAUGACUUCCACAAGCACCUAAAAGAACAGGACAAGGACAACAUCGACUUCACCAUUGAACGAUANACUUUCGACCUAACAAAAGGUACCUACUGCCCCUACAGAAAGCCGAACAACGAACCACUGUACAUCAACACAAAGUCUAACCACCCGCCUAACAUAUUAAAGCAACUUCCAGCAUCCAUCAACCGCCGCAUCUCCGACAACUCAUGCAACGAACACGAAUUUAACAAGGCCAAACCAAUCUACGAAACUGCUCUGAAAGCCAGCGGACACUCUGCAACACUAAUAUACAACAAAGACAAUCAACCAGCACGCCCCCGACGCAACAGACAAAGAAACAUUAUAUGGUACAACCCUCCUUUCAGUAAAAACGUUAAGACGAACAUUGGCAGAACAUUCCUGAAACUCAUAUCUAAGCACUUCCCGAACCAGCAUAAAUACCACAGCCUCUUCAACAAAAAUAACGUAAAAGUCAGCUACAGCUGUAUGGACAACAUGAAAACAGUUAUCAACAAACACAACAUGAAAGUAACAAACGCCGACAACAACGCCAAYGCAACCACCGGAGAACAAUGCAACUGCCGCAAUAAAGACCAAUGCCCGCUAGACAACAAAUGCUUAACUACCAGUGUAAUCUACAACGCGCAAGUCACAACCAGCAACACAACCACGCAAGAACUACAUCGGACUGACAGAAGGAACAUUCAAACAAAGAUUCUCGCAGCAAAUCUACAUUCAAACACAGAAAACACUUCAACAGCACCGAACUUUCUAAGUUCAUCUGGCAACUAA